AUGUUUUCUUUGCGCUUAACCGGGACUGGUACCUCGCGGGCCAUCUGUCAGCCCAUCCCGGUGCGAUUAACGCAGAGUCGCAGCUUUCGCAUAACGGCGCGACGCCGCCAGGAUGUAUUCCAUGCACAGCUCGAAGAUUCCAACGCAGCCGCAAUCCUCUCGUCACUGAAGACCUCCCCGAGAGUGCCCCAGACGCUCACAGAAAAAAUUGUUCAGCAAUAUGCCGUGGGCUUGCCCAGAGACAAGUUUGUGAAGUCGGGCGACUAUGUUACGAUCGCACCCCACCAUUGCAUGACCCACGAUAAUUCGUGGCCCGUCGCGUUGAAGUUCAUGUCGAUAGGAGCUUCAAAGCUGAAGAAUCCGAAACAAAUUGUGAUGACGCUGGAUCACGAUGUGCAAAACAAGUCGGAGAAGAAUCUGACAAAGUACCGACAAAUUGAAGAGUUUGCCAAUAAGCAAGGCGUCGACUUCUACCCUGCUGGUCGGGGCAUAGGACAUCAGAUCAUGGUGGAGGAAGGCUACGCAUGGCCAGGGACGUUGGUCGUUGCAAGUGACAGUCACACCAAUAUGUAUGGCGGCAUAGGCUGCCUUGGUACUCCUGUAGUGCGGACGGAUGCCGCCAGUAUCUGGGCUACUGGACGCACUUGGUGGCAGAUCCCUCCGGUGGCAAAGGUCACUUUUACUGGCGUCUUACCCCAAGGCGUCACCGGCAAAGAUGUGAUUGUUGCCCUGUGUGGGUUGUUUGACAAAGAUGAUGUUCUCAAUCAUGCAAUAGAGUUUGCAGGAUCGGAGGAAACACUUCGAAGUCUACCCAUUGAUGCUCGCUUAACGAUUGCGAAUAUGACCACGGAAUGGGGUGCCUUGUCUGGACUGUUCCCAAUGGACACCUUGUUACAAGGCUGGCUACGCUCGAAGGCUACCAUGUCCGCGCUGGAUGCAUCCGAAGGUAGGGGUGGAAAUGAACGAUUUUCGCAUGCAAGACUGGAUGAACUCUUCGGCAACCAGCUCGCAGCCGACAGAGAGGCUCAGUAUGCAAAGUACCUAUACCUAGACCUCAGCACACUUGCGCCCUACGUGUCUGGACCUAACUCCGUCAAGGUUGCAACACCAUUGAACGAGUUGGAGGAUCAAAAUAUCAAAGUCGACAAGGCGUAUUUGGUAUCUUGCACGAAUUCGCGCGCUUCCGAUCUCGCUGCAGCGGCAAAGGUAUUCAAGGCCGAGGCAGCAAACAAUGACGGGAAAGUCCCAAGAGUUGCCGAAGGCGUCAAGUUUUACAUCGCCGCAGCUUCGCUGCCUGAGCAGCAAAUAGCCGAAGAUGCCGGCGAUUGGCAGACUCUCGUUGAUGCGGGUGCGGUCACCCUUCCAGCAGGGUGUGGACCCUGUAUUGGGUUGGGAACAGGCCUCCUAGAACCUGGCGAAGUCGGUAUCAGUGCCACGAAUAGAAACUUCAAAGGUCGCAUGGGCAGCACCGAAGCAAAGGCUUACCUCGCAAGCCCCGAAGUCGUUGCCGCCAGUGCUCUUAGCGGGAAGAUCAGUGGUCCCGGUUGGUACGAGAGGCCCCAAGGGUGGUCUGGAGUCAUCCGUGGUGAGGGCGACGGCAUCAAAGAAGAGGAUCGAAUGAUCACUGCGGAUGAAGCAUUCCAGAAGAUUAUCAACCAGCUGGACAGCAUGAUCGAAUCCGCUGAGGAGACGUUCGGGGAGGGCAAAUCGGUGGAGGAAGCCACGUCAGGCUCAACUGAAGUCUAUCCCGGUUUCCCUGAGAGAGUGGAAGGAGAGAUUGUUUUCUGUGAUGCAGACAACAUCAACACCGACGGCAUCUAUCCCGGAAAAUACACAUAUCAAGACAAUGUGCCUGUGGAGAAGAUGGCCGAGGUAUGUAUGGAGAAUUAUGACCCUAAGUUCUCCUCGAUUGCACGACCAGGAGAUAUUUUGGUGUCUGGGUUCAACUUCGGAUGCGGUAGCUCACGCGAACAAGCAGCGACCUCAAUCUUGGCCAGAAAGAUUCCUUUGGUGGUUGCCGGUUCUUUUGGGAACAUCUUCUCGCGAAACAGUAUCAACAAUGGCUUGAUGGGUCUCGAGGUGCCAAAGCUCAUCCGACGACUACGUGAAACAUUCUCGGACUUAAACACGCCCCGGCCGUCCACUCAAGUUACAGAGCCAAUGGGCAAUAAAGAAGCGCAGCAGAGUCUCGACUCACCUCCGCCGGCUACGACACAGCCACGAGAAAAGCAACUGUCGCGUCGCACCGGAUGGACAUUAGUCUGGGAUGUGAAAAAAUCCCAGAUCGAAGUAACGGAGGGCGCCAACGGGAAGAGAUGGACGGAAAAGGUUGGAGAGCUGCCCCCGAAUGUGCAAGAGAUUAUCGCCAAAGGCGGUCUGGAAAAAUGGGUGCAGAAGGAAAUUGCUGCAUGA